AUGGAGCAGCUGUGGGGAAACCAAACUAUGGUGAGUGAAUUCCUCCUGGCAGCCAUUUCUCCAACUCCACAGUCCCAGGCUGUUCUUUUUGUUGUCUUCCUUUUGGUCUACCUUUCUACACUGGUAGGCAACUUGGCCAUCAUGGUGACAGUCAAUGCUGAUCCCUACCUCCGUACACCCAUGUACUUCCUGCUAAGCAAUCUCUCCUUUCUGGACCUAUGCUUCUCUACAGUUACUGCCCCCAAGAUGCUUAUGGACUUCUUGUCUGAAAGAAGGAGUAUUUCCUAUGAUGCCUGUAUGACCCAACUUUUUUUUCUCCACUUUGUGGGGGCAGCUGAGAUGUUCCUACUUACUGUUAUGGCCUAUGAUCGCUAUGUUGCCAUUUGCAAGCCCCUCCAUUACUCCAGAAUCAUGAACAGGUGUCUUUGUAGCUGCCUGGUGCUGGCCUGCUGGACAGGAGGGUUCAUCCAUUCCACAGUCCAGACCAUACUCACCAUGCAGCUACCCUACUGUGGGCCUAAUCAUGUGGACAAUUUCUUCUGUGAUGUUCCACCAGUGAUCAAGCUGGCCUGCACUGACACCUAUGUGAUGGAACUGCUCACAGUCUCCAACAGUGGGCUGAUCUCGACCAGCUGCUUCAUCAUCCUGGUGACCUCCUACACAACCAUUUUGGUGAAGAUACGCUCCCCUGAAGGGUGUCGCAAGGCACUUUCCACCUGUGCUUCACACCUGACUGUAGUAACUUUGAUCUUUGGGCCCUGCAUCUUUAUCUAUGCACGGCCUUUUUCCGUCUUCUCAGUAGACAAGCAGGUCUCUGUUGUCUACAACAUCAUCACCCCCAUGCUUAGCCCCUUGGUCUAUACAUUGAGGAACAAGGAGGUGAAGUCAGCUAUGAAGAGACUAAAGACGAGGAGCAUCACUUCUGGAGAAAAGAUAAUAUCAUGA